CGGUUGGCCCCCGCCACGAGACCGAAUAACAAGGUGGCGCCAGCCGGACAUCGGCUGGGAGAGCGAGCGCCCCCUCGGGCCGGGGUGCAACUAGGCCUGAGCUCAGAGCCAGAGCCGCUGCAGACUUCAGGCAAGGGUUGGAAGUACAGGGCACCCCGCUCCACGCCUCUACCUUCUGGUGGAAUUUGAGCCUUGGCCCUGGCUCUUUGUCCCGGGGAGGCUCCCUCUGAUGCAGGGCACAGCGUGUCAACAGUUCUUUGGACUCCCUAUGCCCUUGAGGACAGCCGCCUUGGUAAUGUCCAGGGCUCCAGGAAGAGAUGUCCCUGUGGCUGGAGGCCCCCGUGCCUGAUGCUUCUCCUGACUCUGCAGCGGAGCUGUGGGAGCCAGAUGCACAAGAUGCCAGCAGCCAGGCGCUGGGAGGCAACACCUGUAUCCUCAGGGAGGAAGCCAGCACUCCCCAGUCCGGUGGGGGCUCUCUGGGGGCAGGGCUGGAGGCAGCAGAGCCUGCAGUCCUGCUCCCUGGGGUGGAUACCCCUCCAGAGUCUACAGAGCUCCGUCCACAAAAGCGGAAAAAGGGGCCAGCCCCCAAAAUGCUGGGGAACGAGCUGUGCAGUGUGUGUGGGGACAAGGCGUCCGGUUUCCACUACAACGUGCUGAGCUGUGAGGGCUGCAAGGGGUUCUUCCGCCGCAGUGUCAUCAAGGGGGCGCGCUAUGUCUGCCACAGUGGGGGCCACUGCCCCAUGGACACCUACAUGCGUCGCAAAUGUCAGGAGUGUCGUCUUCGAAAAUGCCGCCAGGCUGGCAUGCGGGAGGAGUGUGUCUUGUCAGAAGAGCAGAUCCGCCUGAAGAAACUGAAGCGGCUAGAGGAGGAGCAGGCUCAGGCCACGUCCAUGCCCCCAAGGGUGUCCUCACCCCCGCAAGUCCUGCCCCAGCUCAGCCCCGAGCAGCGGGGCAUGAUUGAGAAGCUGGUGGCUGCCCAGCAGCAGUGUAACAGACGCUCUUUUUCUGACCGGCUUCGAGUCACGCCUUGGCCCAUGGCACCAGAUCCCCAGAGCCGGGAGGCCCGUCAGCAGCGUUUUGCCCACUUCACCGAGCUGGCCAUCGUCUCCGUGCAGGAGAUCGUUGAUUUUGCCAAACAGCUGCCUGGCUUCCUGCAGCUCAGCCGGGAGGACCAGAUCGCCCUGCUGAAGACCUCUGCGAUCGAGGUGAUGCUUCUGGAGACAUCUCGGAGGUACAACCCUGGGAGUGAGAGUAUCACCUUCCUCAAGGAUUUCAGUUAUAACCGGGAAGACUUUGCCAAAGCAGGGCUGCAGGUGGAGUUCAUCAACCCCAUCUUCGAGUUCUCCAGAGCCAUGAACGAACUGCAACUCAAUGAUGCCGAGUUUGCUUUGCUCAUUGCCAUCAGCAUCUUUUCUGCAGACCGGCCCAACGUGCAGGACCAGCUCCAGGUAGAGAGGCUGCAACACACAUAUGUGGAGGCCCUGCAUGCCUACGUCUCCAUCCACCAUCCCCAUGACCGACUGAUGUUCCCACGGAUGCUAAUGAAACUGGUGAGCCUCCGGACACUGAGCAGUGUCCAUUCAGAGCAAGUGUUUGCACUGCGCCUGCAGGACAAAAAGCUUCCUCCGCUGCUCUCUGAGAUCUGGGAUGUGCACGAAUGACUGCUCUUCCCCCCCCCCCCCACCCCCAUAUCUUCUGUUUUCUGGGCUGGAAGGCUGAUGUGCCCGGCUGCUUCCUAGAGGGGAAGCAGACUGAGAAGGGCAAACAUUCCUCAGAGCUGGGCAAAGGAGUUCCUCGAGUGACAUUAAAGGAAAGUCAAAGGGUUGGGAGUUUGGCUGCUGGGCAGUGGAGGGUCCUGCUGAAACUGCUCCAUCUGAAGCCUGUACUGCCUCAACCAAAUGGAUGGGCCUGGGGGCCGCUUUGCACAAGGUUCUCCCAGGCCCUGCCCGUCCUGCCUCCACCACUUCCUGUGUUCCCCACAGGGCCCCCAGAGAAAUUCUCCGCCGUCACUCUGUGGCUUGGCCAUAAAUGCCUCGGGGAUGCCUCACUGAUAGGCCUGGCGCUCUUUGUACAGAAAGACCAAAAGGAAGAUAGGAUGAGCGAAACCAUUUCUGGGUUGGGGGUGGGGGCCCGGCCGCAGAGGAGGAAACCGUCGGUUAAGAUCUGCUUCCAGACGCAGAGGAGGGAGACAAGUCACAAGUGACAGCCUUGGCCGUGAGAGGGGACCUCCUCUUACUAGUCCCAUGAGGGUGAAUGAAAUGCUGACGGUUAGAUGCCCUUUUCGUUUCAUGAUCCAGGUGGGAUCGGGUUGUCUUUCUGAGGAGGAGCUUGGGUGAAUUUUCAGAACUAACACCCCAGCCAUGUACCUGUCUUCACACGCGCCUCCAUAAUGCCUCGGGUUUUCCGUUGGUACCUUAAAAAAUAAAUAAAUAAAUAAAAAUUAAAAAUUAAAAAAAAAAAAAAAGGAGGGCACAACAGUCCGUGCUCUAGGGCCCCAGGUUCUAUGGAAUGGGGAGGCUGCCCCGUUGCCGUUCGGGCCUGUCAGAAGGGCUGGACUCCAUUUCCCACCGGACGCCGCGGCUCCGUUCACGCCUCCCCCCCUUCGCACGGCGCGCUCCCGUGUAGGUGAGACGGCGGCCGCGCCUUCCGGCAUCGGUCCCCCCCGCCGUCCCUGAAUUGGUAGGCUCCACCUCCGGGGCAGCAGGCUUUGCAGCCCUGGCUGCUGGGCACUUCCAAACCGCUAGCGGGGGGAGGGAGGGUGAGACGUGGGGGACGCUCAGAGAGUCUUGGGAGCAGUGUUAUCUUGAGAAGUCGCCUCUAGAUUAAUCCACAUCUCGUCGAAAUAGGCUCUA